AUGGUCAGAGGAGGAAGUCAAGGUGGUGACAAUAAUGGCUUCCAAAUUUAUGGGUGUGAAGUUAUAAACGCUAGCAACAACCCUCCUUUGACAGCCAUAGGCAUAGAUAGGUUCUUAUGUGGCCACUUUCCUCACCAGCAACAACAUGCAAGGAAUUACAAUGCUGCAAAUGUUUUUGCUGAUGAGGAGGCUUUUAAUAAUAAGUGGACACACAUCAACCAAACCCCUACAUUAUGCCUGAAAGGUAUGCAUGUUUUAGGUAAGAAUGCGAAAGUGGUGCGAAGAAGAAGCAAGAAAAAACAGUCUCCUGUGUGUUGGAUCAAAGGACAGUGGAAUAAAGAAGAGGACAGGAAACUGAUAAGGUUGGUGAAGCAAUAUGGUGAAAGAAAAUGGGCUGAAAUAGCUGAGAAGUUGGAGGGAAGGGUUGGUAAGCAGUGUCGAGAAAGAUGGAAUAAUCAUUUACGUCCUGAUAUUAAGAAAGAUAGUUGGAGUGAAGAAGAAGAGAGGAUACUAGUAGACACCCAUGCGAGGCUCGGAAAUCGUUGGUGUGAGAUAGCAAAACACAUUACAGGAAGAUCAGAGAAUGCCAUAAAGAACCAUUGGAAUGCCACCAUAAGGAGACAGAAUUCAAAGAGAAAGAACAAGAAGACAAAAAGCUCUAUUAAUGGAAAGCCACAUUCCUCUAUACUUGAAGACUACAUCAGAAGCCAGAAUCAAACAACUAGUAGCAACCCCACACCUGGCAUCAUCACUGCCACAGAUACCAUCCACACAACACUCUCACAGGACAAUGCUGCAAAUUUGGCUAAUGAUCUACUCUUCAUGAAACAAAUUUUCAAGGAGAAUGUUGAAGUCUCUAAGCACUCUAAGAUGCCUUCAACCUCAUACUUGGAUUAUUGUCAAAUGAAUGUUGAUGAUGUGGGUGAGUGUGAGUAUUCCCUCCAAUACCUAGAUAUUAAUAACAUUAACAUGCACUUGAAUGAUGCUAGUCUCUUCCCUAGAGAGACUCAUCCUACCCACAUAAGUUAUCUACCUUCGGAUCUCCAUCUCUCUCACUUGUUCAACGUGGCACCUGGUUAUGGGAAUCAAAAUGGAUUUUCGACAUCAAGGUUGUUCAGAAGUUAAAGGAGAGGUGGAUUUGAUAGAGUUUGUUUCUUCUUAGUUCAAAUGAUGUUUUUCAUUCUGAUAAGAGAACUGAGCUAUUGAAUGUGGCACGUAUUUUGAAAUAAGGUCAUAGCAAUUUUAA